AUGGAGGAUUUCCCGGUGGCGGCACCUGUGCUUACGCCGGUGGAGUUCUCCGACCAUCACAUUCUAUCUUGUGAGUUGAACGUCCGCAACACCCCAUCUAAAGGUAGAGGGAUAUGGCGGCUCAAUUCAGACCGCCUGGUGGAACCAAGGGUUCAGCAGGCUUUCAAGGAUUUCUUCCACGACCAGAUGACUUUGGCCGACUUAGGUCAGACGAAGUCUGAGUGGUGGGAGAUGGUGAAGGCCAGGACUCGAAGGCUUUUUCACAAUCUUGCCCAGAACAUGCAAUCCUCUAGAUACAAGGUGUAUCUGAGCUUACUCGCGAGGUUAGACAUCUUGUUCUCGCAGGGAGGUGACCCCGAGGAUGUUGCGGCGGUCAAGGCCCUGAUAAGGAGUUUUCCAUAUGACAGAUACGCCUCCCUUGAAAAGGAGAGGGAUCAUGGGGCUUACCACUCGCCCGAUCCUUAUCUUAGUUGCAAGAGGAAGGAAGGUACCAAGACCAUCUCUAGUCUGCGGAGCGCCGACGGAAUCCUCGAGGAGUCCCCUCGUGGGAUUCUGAAGGUGGUCCGCGACUACUAUAUUGGGCUCCUCGGAAAGGGCAGACCCCGAUAUGCCGAGGGGGGAACGUCCCGCGGGAGGGAGGUGGAUGAUUUCUUGAGUGGGAUCACGCUUCCUGAGAAUACCGACCUUCCUUGGGAUGAGUUGGUCAGUGAGAUCACCAUAGAAGACGUCACAGAGAGUAUCAUACAGCAGAACAAGAAUAAGUUGCCAAGUCCCGAUGGCCUGACGGCUGAAUUCUACCAGCAGUUCUGCACUCUUUUGGCCCCUCAUCUAACAGAGGUGUAUGAGAGCCUGGCUCAAGGAUUACUACCAGCCUCGAUGAGGUCUUCUGCCCUGAUCUUACUGACCAAGCCGAACGUAGUCGACACUGCGGAUGUGGGGAACUGGCGACCCAUAUCCCUCCUUAAUGUCGAAAGGAAGGUCCUGGCAAAGAUCUUGAUGAAACGUUUACAGGGCCUGGCCGGUAGCAUCCUAUCCACCUCCCAGUACUGUGCGCUCGGGGGCAGAACUGUCUUCGAUGCCGUUUUCGAGGUCAGGGAAGCUCUCGAGAAGUGCAGGGCUGGGGUGAAGGGGAUAUACCUCCUGGCACUUGAUCAGUCCAAGGCUUUUGAUCGGGUCGAUCACUGUUAUCUAUGGUCAGUCUUGCGGAAGUAUGGCUUGCCCAGUAAAUUCAUCAAUUGGAUUAUCACCCUUUAUAGGGGGGCCGACAGCUUCGCUCUGGUAAACGGUUGGAAAGGCAGAGCGUUUGGGAUCCGAUCCGGAGUCCGGCAAGGCUGUCCUCUCAGCCCGCUCAUGUACGUAUUCGCGAUCGACCCCUUUAUAAGGGCAAUCGACGGGAGUGCGUUACAAGGAGUGGCCAGGGCUCCGGAGAGGCCUUUACGGGUGGUAGCCUAUGCUGAUGACAUCUCCAUCGUGGUCUCCAAGACUCAGGAGUCCGCUUUGGUGGAUGACAUGAUUCGCGCUUACUCUGCCGCUUCCUCCUCUCAGGUCAACAAGUGCAAGAGCGGAGUUUUCUGGUGCGGGAAGGAGGGGGACCAGUUUCCCCUUCCAGACGGCUUCCCUCAGGCCCAACCCGAAAUUAAAAUCUUGGGAGUGGUGUUCGGACCAGGGGAUCUGGCUCUCAGAAACUGGUCCGAAAGGCUUGCCAUAGCUUCCAGCAAAGUGGAGGAGAGCCAUCGGUGGAAACUGACCUAUAGAGAACGGGUGAAACUGAUUAA